AUGGGCCUCUUCUCCCAGGGCCUCCCCCCAGGGCCUCCUCCCAAGGCCUCCUCUCAGGCAUUCUCCCAGGGGGCUAUACCUGCCGGUUGCUCCUCUGGCUGUGCGUGUGACUCAGAGCAGUGCAUUGUGGGUACAGUGGUGACGCCGCAGGUGGAGACCCGCACAGACAGAGGUAGAGAGUUCCAGACCCGCACAGACAGAGGUAUAGAGUUCCAGACCCGCACAGACAGAGGUAUAGAGUUCCAGACCCGCACAGACAGAGGUAGAGAGUUCCAGACCCGCCGACAGAGGAUAGAGUUCCAGACCCGCACAGACAGAGGUAUAGAGUUCAGACCCGCACAGACAGAGGUUGGUUCCAGACCCGCACAGACAGAGGUAACCCGCACAGACAGAGGUAGUGAGUUCCAGACCCGCACAGACAGAGGUAUAGAGUUCCAGACCCGCACAGACAGAGGUAUAGAGUUCCAGACCCGCACAGACAGAGGUAUAGAGUUCCAGACCCGCACAGACAGAGGUAUAGAGUUCCAGACCCGCACAGACAGAGGUAUAGAGUUCCAGACCCGCACAGACAGAGGUAGAGAGUUCCAGACCCGCACAGACAGAGGUAUAGAGUUCCAGACCCGCACAGACAGAGAUCGUUUGUUGAAGCAGUUUGAUUCUUUUCCCGGCCUUUUCCUGGGGUCACUAAACACCCCUGGGGGACUCCUGGGCGACCGCAGGGGCCCCUGA